CACGGUCUUGCAUGAAUUCUUGCAUGCAAUGGGGGGUAGUCACGAACAGUCCCGUAGUGACAGAGCUAGCAUGACGUCAAUGAUCUGGAAUAAGAUUGAUUCUAAAAAUAUGUACAAUUUUGUAAUGGAAAACACCAAAAACGCACUUCCUUACGAUUAUAAAUCGCUGAUGCAGUACGAACUUGAUUCAUUUGGUAAAAAUAGAGAAAAUUCCAUGUCUAUCCCGGAUAUGAGUUUUGAAUACCUGAUUACAAAUAAGAAAGACCAUCUCAGCCUUUACGACAUAGGCGAAAUCAACAGCGCCUAUAGAUGUACUGCUGAUUGUUUCAAUCAAUGUGAAAAUGGAGGCGUGCUCACAAAAGAAAACGGCCAGUGCAGAUGUAAAUGUCCGUCCGGUUUGAAGGGGGAAGACUGCUCUGAAUUAGACACAAGUGACG